UACAGUUACGUAUCGCAAAACACUCCACCAAAACUUGGCUUGUCGAUUCCCCUCGCAGUCGAAGAAAGAGGACUUGGAGAAGUUGCAGCCUCAGAAAUCCAAGGAUCACGCGUGCUUUUAAAGGGAGGAAUUCCUCGACGCCAGAAAAAAGAUUAGGCUAAAAAUGAUCCAAAUGGACCACCGCGAACCGUCCGCGCGAGAUGAAUCAAGUGAGCAGAAGCAGCGACUGCUGCUGCUGCUGCUGCUGAUGCCGCAAUGAUCAAAAUCUCAUAUGAAAUCCUGAGGCCUGAAGUAAAAAACUCAUUUCUUGAAGUCAACCAGCCUUGCGCAACAAUUUAUAUAUUUUCACUACUUCAAGACAAUGAUACCAACCUCAGGGAAAUCAGAACAGGAAAGUCAAGAAGACAUAGCGAUAUCUGAUGCAGAAGCUAACCAGUUACUAGCUAGCCAUAGUACAGUUACCCCAGAGAAGAUUACUGACACAGAACUGUCAGAAAAGUGGAUGGCAUUUCCAACUGGGGGCUCUAAAAUGCAUCCCGUAUCCUCUGAAAUACUAGAGGAGACCAGUAAAGACGGAACCAUUCAAUUGCUGAACCAAAGGCUUGGAGAGUGGGGGAUUGCAGUUAACUCAGACAGGAACAAAAUAAGUGAGAGUUUAAUAAGAGCAUCAGGAGAGGGAAACAAAUUAUCUAUGGACAGAUUUUCAGGCUCUGCAAGGGCUUCCGACGACUCAAGUUAUCCGAGGGAUUCAGUUCCUAGAGUUUCUCAAGAACUAAAAGAUGCACUCUCUUCUCUGCAGCAGACAUUUGUUGUUUCAGAUGCAACCAAGCCUGAUUGUCCUAUAGUGUAUGCUAGUACUGGGUUUUUCACCAUGACCGGAUACUCAGCUAAGGAAAUUAUUGGCAAAAACUGUCGUUUCCUUCAAGGUCCAGAAACUGAUAGAUUGGAAAUUGCAAAGAUAAAAGAAGCUGUCAGGACAGGGAAAACUUAUUGUGGAAGGCUAUUAAACUACAAGAAGGAUGGCACAAAGUUUUGGAACCUUCUUACUGUAACACCUAUAAGGAAUGAGGAUGGAAAUAUCAUCAAGUACAUAGGAAUGCAGGUUGAGGUCAGCAAAUACACAGAAGGUCUAAAUGACAAGACAUUGCGUCCAAAUGCCUUGCCAAUGUCCUUAAUUCGUUAUGAUGCACGACAACAGGCGGAGGCCAUAUCUUCUAUAGAGGAGGUUGUCCAAACUCUGAAGCAUCCUCACAAUCACUCACAAUCUGUAGAUCACGAUACUUUUUCUAAGCUUGAUGAGGGCAAGCAAAUCCAUGUUGACUCUCCGUAUCAAGACUCGCGAGAGAAUAAGAAUCUCAAGGCACCAAGUGGAUUGGCCCCUCCAUUGGAUGCUAAACUAGACUUACCCAUGAUGAGCACAAGAAAAUCUGGUCGUUCUUCAUUAAUUGGAUUUAGGGCAAGAAAACAAAGUUCAAUUGAAAGGUACGAACCUAUUAUUGAGCCUGAGAUUCUGAUGACCAAAGAAGUCCAACGCACAGAAAGUUGGGACCGUGUGGAAAGAGAGAAAGACAUGCGACAAGGAAUUGAUUUAGCCACAACUUUGGAGCGCAUAGAAAAGAACUUUGUGAUAACGGAUCCGAGACUCCCAGAUAAUCCAAUUAUAUUUGCAUCGGAUAGCUUUCUUGAAUUGACGGAGUAUUCACGAGAAGAAAUUUUAGGAAAAAAUUGUCGGUUUCUUCAAGGACCUGAAACAGACCAAGGAACUGUUGCAAAGAUAAGAGAUGCCAUAAGAGACCAAAGGGAAGUGACAGUCCAAUUAAUUAAUUACACAAAGAGUGGAAAAAAAUUUUGGAACUUGUUCCACUUGCAACCGAUGCGUGAUCAAAAGGGAGAGCUUCAAUACUUUAUUGGUGUGCAACUAGAUGGAAGUGAUCAUGUUGAACCCCUUAGAAACCGUUUGUCAGAGAGGACCGAGAUAAAAAGUGCUAAAGUGGUGAAGGCUACAGCUGAGAAUGUUGAUGAAGCUGUUCGAGAACUUCCUGAUCCCAACUUGAGACCAGAGGAUUUAUGGGCAAUCCAUUCAAAACCUGUCUUUCCAAAGCCUCACAAAAAGGAAAAUUCUUCAUGGUUAGCUAUUGAAAAGGUCAUUGGAAAAGGUGAAACAAUUGGUUUGAAACAUUUCAAGCCUAUUAAACCAUUAGGAUGUGGAGAUACUGGGAGUGUACAUUUGGUGGAACUGCAAGGUACUGGUGAAUUAUUUGCUAUGAAGGCAAUGGACAAGUCCAUAAUGUUGAACCGUAACAAGGUUCACCGGGCAUGCAUAGAGAGGGAGAUUUAUUCAUUGUUGGACCAUCCUUUUCUUCCAACACUAUACACUUCUUUUCAGACCACAACACACGUCUGCCUAAUUACAGACUUUUGCCCUGGAGGAGAACUAUUUGCGUUGCUUGAUAAGCAACCUAUGAAGAUUUUCAAAGAAGAAGCGGCUAGGUUCUAUGCUGCUGAAGUUGUAGUUGGCCUUGAAUAUCUCCACUGCCAAGGUAUCAUUUACCGUGAUCUGAAGCCUGAAAACAUCUUACUUCAGAAGGAUGGGCAUGCGGUGUUGACAGAUUUUGAUUUAUCUUUCUUGACAAAUUGCAAACCACAAGUGAUAAAACAACCAUUACCUUCAAAGAGAAGAAAAUCUAGAGAUUUUGCUCCACCAACGUUUGUAGCAGAACCAAAUACUCAAUCCAAUUCAUUUGUUGGAACAGAAGAGUAUAUAGCUCCAGAGAUCAUCACAGGAGCAGGGCAUAGCAGUGCUAUUGAUUGGUGGGCCCUCGGAAUCUUGUUGUAUGAGAUGAUGUAUGGUCGUACACCUUUCAGAGGGAAAAACAGACAGAAGACUUUUGCAAAUAUUUUACGCAAGGACCUUACAUUUCCUAGUAGCAUACCGGUUAGCCUUGCAGCAAGGCAGCUAAUACAUGGAUUACUGAACAGAGAUCCUGUUAAUCGUUUGGGAUCAAAAACUGGUGCCAAUGAAAUCAAGCAACAUUCCUUCUUCCGUGAAAUCAAUUGGCCUCUUAUUCGUUGCAUGACACCGCCUGAGUUAGAAGUUCCACUUCAGGUGACUGGAAGGGAACCUGAUUCCAAGGUGAAGGAUGCACAAUGGGCUGAUGAACAAAUGCCUACUGAUUCUCUACAGAAUCUGUGAAGCAACAAACACAACUAGCUGACGAGAUUCAAGCCUACUCAAAGCUCUCAUAUCUCUCAAAUGAUUGCAUGGCGCUACUCCUGGAAGAUAUGGGUUUCGGACUUGAGGAUAAUUUUGAGGAAAAAAGGCAAACCAUCAUGUAUAGAAUAAGGAAGCCAUGGCUGUGCAAUGGUAAUCUCUGUAGAGUAAUAUUUGCAGUUAAUGUAAUUAAUUAAUGCUUCAGGAGAGAUUGAUUCCUAAAUUGUUGAAUGCAUGAGAUUUCAUAAA